AUGCAGUCUUCACCACCACCCCCUUCAAGCCAGCCCCGCAACAAACGCAGGCGCGAGGACAUCCCCUCAUCGCCCGAAGCCGGCCCAUCAGGCCACCGCUCCUCGUCCCCACCCCCGUCUUCGCUCCCUCCCUCAUCUCCUCCCGCCCCGUUCUCGGACUUUGGUGACGAGGAGGAUGUCGGCGAUGACGAGGAGGAGGAUAUGCGUGUGCGCGGUCGUCGCGAUGUUGCGGAUGACUCUGAUGACGAGGGCGAGGACCUGUUCAACGACAACCUCGCGCGCGACUACGAGUCCAACCCGGACCUCGACACGUACUCGAAUGCCGACAUUGAUGACCGCUCCUCCAUCCAGGAGAUGUCGCGUGCCGACCGUCUUGCCGCCGAACGCGACAUGGCGCGCCGCGACAAGGGUCUGCCUGGUACCAGGGCUGCGCGCCGUGGACGCGUGCCAACGUUCCUCCAGAGUGACGACGACGACGAUGGAGGCUUCGACGGCGGUUUGCUGAGCGGCAUCAAUGCCAAUCGCCAGCGUCGCCAGUAUGACGAGCGCAUGCCUCAGGACGAUGUCGUGGACAGCGGGGAGAUGACCCUCGAGCACCUGGGUGACGUCAAGACGUCAUCCGUCGCCGAGUGGGUCGCUGUCGACCAGGUCCGUCGCGCCGUCCAUAAGCAUUUCCGCUCGUUCCUCAUGACCUACACGGACGACAAUGGCGACUCCUUCUACGGCCAGCGUAUCAGGCACCUGGGUGAGGUCAACUCGGAGUCGCUCGAAGUCUCCUACAUCCACUUGGGGUCGGUGCGACCCGUUCUCGCCUACUUUUUGGCCAACUCGCCCCAGGCCGUGCUCCCGAUCUUUGACGAAGCGGCUCUCGAAGUUAUUCUCAUCUACUACCCUUCGUACGACCGCAUCCACUCGGAGGUCCACGUCCGCAUCACCGAGCUUCCGAAUGCCAUCACCCUCCGCGGCCUCCGCCAGAACCAGCUCAACUGCCUUAUCCGCACCUCGGGAGUUGUCACGCGCCGCAGCGGCGUCUUCCCCCAGCUCAAAUACGUCAAGUUUGACUGCCAAAAGUGCGGUGCCACCCUCGGCCCGUUCUACCAGGACACCACCAAAGAGCUCAAGAUUUCGUUCUGUACCGCUUGCGAGUCUCGCGGCCCGUUCACUGUCAACUCGGAGCAGACCGUGUAUCGCAACUACCAGAAAAUGACCCUCCAAGAGUCGCCUGGUUCCGUGCCCGCCGGUCGUCUCCCUCGCCACCGCGAGGUCAUUCUUCUCUGGGACCUCAUCGACAUUGCCAAGCCCGGAGAGGAGAUUGAGGUGACCGGUAUCUACCGCAACAACUUUGAUGCGUCGCUCAACUCGAAGAAUGGUUUCCCCGUCUUUUCCACUGUCCUCGAAGCCAACUUUAUCAACAAGAAGGAGGACCAGUACGCUGCUGUCCGUCUCACCGAGGAAGAUGAAAAGACGAUUCGCAAGAUGGCGCGCGACGACCGCAUUGCCAAGCGCAUCGUCAAGUCGAUCGCGCCGUCCAUCUACGGCCACGACGACAUCAAGACGGCCAUUGCGCUUUCGCUCUUUGGUGGUGUCUCCAAGGACAUUAACCGCAAGCACCGCAUCCGUGGUGACAUCAACGUUCUCCUCCUCGGUGACCCCGGUACUGCAAAGUCGCAGUUCCUCAAGUAUGUCGAAAAGACUGCUUCGCGUGCCGUCUUUACCACCGGUCAGGGUGCCAGUGCCGUUGGUCUCACCGCUUCGGUUCGCAAGGACCCCGUCACCCGCGAGUGGACGCUCGAGGGUGGCGCUCUUGUGCUUGCCGACAAGGGACACUGCCUCAUUGACGAGUUUGACAAGAUGAACGACGCCGACCGUACCUCCAUCCACGAGGCCAUGGAGCAGCAGAGCAUCUCCAUCUCCAAGGCUGGUAUUGUUACCAGUCUCCAGGCGCGCUGUGCCAUUGUCGCCGCUGCCAACCCUAUCGGCGGCCGCUACAACGCCACCAUCCCCUUCCAGCAGAACGUCGAGCUCACCGAGCCCAUUCUGUCGCGUUUCGACGUCCUCUGUGUUGUCAAGGAUCCCGUCGACCCGGUCAUGGAUGAGCACCUCGCCCAGUUUGUGGUCGGCUCGCACCUCCGCUCCCACCCAGACUUCCAGCCCGAAAUCGACGAGGUCCAGGUCACCACCGCGGUCGACGAGGACAUUAUUCCCCAGGACAUGCUCCGCAAGUACAUCAUGUACGCGCGUGAGCUCAUCAGGCCCAAGCUCUACCAGCUGGACCAGGACAAGCUCGCGCGUCUGUACGCCGACCUGCGUCGCGAGUCGCUUGCCACGGGCUCCUUCCCCAUCACCGUCCGUCACCUCGAGUCCAUGAUCCGUAUGGCCGAGGCGUCCGCCAAGAUGCACCUGCGCGAGUUUGUGCGCGCAGACGACAUUGACCUCGCCAUCCAGGUGACUGUCGGCUCGUUUGUCAAUGCCCAGAAGAUGAGUGUCAAGAAGACCCUCGAGCGCGGUUUCCGCAAGUAUGUCAACCAGGCAGCCGACCACGACGAGCUCUUGUCCUUCCUCCUCGGCCAGCUUGUCAAGGAAAAGGCCCAGAUCUACUGGCACCAGCGCCAGGCCAACCCGGACCGCAUCUCUGUGCGCGUCGCUCAGCUCGAGCAGCGCGCAAAGGAGGUCGAGAUUUACGAUGUCGGGCCCUUCCUCCGUUCCCGUCUCUUCAAGGCCAACGGCUACAAGCUCGUGCCCGGUGAGGGGGCCGGCGCGAUCGAAAAGGUCUUUGUGGUCGACGACGGCAACUAG